AUGUACCAAAGUUUCAAGAAGAAGAGCACCCCCAGUCCCUAUUUCGAGGACAUUGUAUUUGAACAAGAUAUCAAGGAACCAGAGCUGCACUGGCAGGAAAGGAAAAUGCUUAGUACCCUGGACAGGUGGCAUAAGCUGAAAGAAUUUGAUGUCCAACCACCUGACGCACUCCGGUUACGAGAAACUCCCAAAACAAUAGCUCGCGCACUAGGCUUCACAAAAUUCAAACUUCCAAUACCACAACAACACCACCUCGCUUUUACAUACAUGUCAAACCCUGAAGCAAACCCUGGACCCCAGUAUAAAGCAAAAGGAUACCAAACAAAACAACAAGGCUACGAUCGUGCCAUAGUUGAAGCGGCCAGGGUGUACCAAGAACUAAAGGACGGAAAGUGGCCAGGCGACAUCCUGUGGGGAACAGCACAGCGAGACAAAAUUGUUGACCUGCGAAACGAGUUGGAUGGUGAAAGGAAAUUGGCAAGGCUGGUUUUGAUGCCAGAUAUGCACGAGAGCAUACUGGGUGGGGCGAUUGCCCAGCCGAUUUAG